UUUCAGAAUUAAAAAUGGCGGAGGGUGGAAUUGAAGAAAGGUUGGGAAUGAAUGAACAAAUAAAGGAUACAGAAGGUUCCAAACCUGAGGAUAAGGUUGAAGGGCCGGUUGCUUCUCCGACCUGUAUCAUAGUCCUGGGAAUGGCAGGAUCGGGUAAAACCACAUUUGUACAAAGACUCACAUCAGAUCUGUACAAGGGAACGGUUCCUCCGUAUGUAGUGAACCUAGAUCCUGCGUGUAGAGAGGUUCCGUAUCCGGCAAAUAUUGAUAUCCGGGAUACGGUCAACUACAAGGAGGUUAUGAAACAGUAUCAGCUCGGACCCAACGGAGCUAUCGUCACAAGUUUAAACCUGUUCGCUACAAAAUUUGACCAGGUGUUAGAUCUUGUAGAGAAAAGAUGUAAGGAGAAACCUACAGAAUACGUUGUCUUUGAUACUCCAGGUCAAAUCGAGGUUUUCACUUGGUCAGCCUCCGGUAAUAUUAUAACAGAGGCCCUGGCCUCCAGGUAUCCAACUGUAAUUGUCUACGUAAUGGACUCCGCCAGAUCUACCAACCCUGUAACCUUCAUGUCUAAUAUGUUGUACGCCUGCUCUAUCCUAUACAAAUGCAAGCUUCCCUUCAUCGUAACGAUGAACAAGAUCGAUAUCGUGAGCAACAACUACGCUGUAGAAUGGAUGCAGGAUUUUGAGGCUUUUCAGGACGCACUCUCCGGAGAAACGUCCUAUGUAUCAAACCUUGCUCAAUCCAUGUCUCUGGCUCUAGACGAGUUCUACAGCAACCUUAUCUCCGUAGGUGUCUCCGCUAUGACCGGAGAAGGGAUGGAUAAGUUUAUCGCUGCUGUUGAUAGAGCAAGGUUGGAGUAUGAGAACGAGUAUAAACCAGAAUAUGAUAGGUUGCUCCUGGAGAAUCGUGAGGUGAAGGAGAAACAAUCCGUCCCUCCUCCGAAAGGACUCUGUCACACUAAGAGAGCAGAGGUUGAACUUCCGGCGAAUAUUGCUAAUGAUGUUUACCUCCGUCAUCCAGGGGACGAGGAGGAAGAGUUCGAAGAGGAAAGAUAUGAUGAUGAUCAUGAGGUGGAGAGUAGAGAAGCAGACAGUUUUAAUAAUUAUAUCUCGAGCAGAGAAACUAAAAUAUUAAAACAAAUAAACGCGUCCAACAAACCUUAGAUUAAAUACUGAUCAGCCUGAUCAAUGUGAUAUUUAUUUUCAGA